CAAUAAGGAACACAAUGGAAGAAUUAUCUUUGUGCAUUAAACAACGGCAACAUCGUCUUUACAGACACACUGCCACAAACAAAGGGCGAAAUAAAAUAAGAAGAAAAAUAAACGAGGAGAGAAAGAAGCUGGCUUCUGCAAUUGAGCAGUACAAUGCCCUUGUUGACCCCUUCCUCAAGAUACAGUCCAUUGAAGAGGUCCUACAAAAUGACUACGUUUUCCCCUGGCAGCUAACAGAGCAAGAUGAUGUCAACCUCUUGACAAAGAAAAAGUUCUUUGACAAGGUGAUGCUAAUUCAACGACUAGAGGAAGAACAAACUAUCGUUGUUCAAGAGGCAAAGCAGCACUGGCUUUAUCUAAGAAGUCAGGAACACAAACUGAAUAGUUUGCUUGAUACCAUCAUCUUCGGUGUUAACCCCUGGAGUCUUCCAGAUGAUGGGAUUCAAGGACUUCAGUGUUUGUUAAAGAGAAAAUUACAUCAGCUAAGAGCUCACCAGGAGACUGUAAAAACAAGUUAUCAGGCAAUUGACACCAUAACUGAACAUAUUACUGGUGAAGAAUGUGAAUAUUCCAGCUGGCCAGAACACUUGGAAGCCCUUUACUCAAGCAGUACUGAUUUGAGCUCUGAUGAAGAUGAUAUGCUUCUGCUGUAGAUAUUAAAUACCCUGCAUGUUGUUUGUUUCUCUCGCUCUAUUAUUCCACUUCUCUUUCUCCA